UUGUUGUGAACAUUAACAAGUGUAGAAACCCAUUCAGACCGCGAACAGAAUCUUAAUUUCGUUCUAUAUUUUGCUUAUUUAGGUCGUUCGGAUAUUCUUUGCUGUAAAACAUUGAAAAGUUUGACUAUUGAUGGGCUGCUAAGUUUGAUGUAGUGUUUUGCGUCAUCUAUUAAAACACAUAUGUUGUUUCUGUACGAAGAAAUUUGCUUAAAAUUUGUUUUUUAAGAUUGAAGACCAAUAAUAAGUAAAAAAGUCAAAAUAAAUAAUGACUAAUAGUGGUAAUUUUGGAUUGUCGUCUGACUCAGCACAAACUUUGCAGUUGCCUCCAUUGCGUUCCUUGGAUGAUUUUGUGUUAGGUUCGGCACGAUUUCAGCUACCUAAUCUCCAAGAUUUAGAGAAAUGGGGGAAUCGAGUUGUAAAAAAUCUUCUUUAUUAUCAAACUAAUUACUUUUUAAUGUUUGUAACGAUAUAUGGUAUAAUUUUAAUAUGUAAUCCUCUAAAAAUAUUUUCUGGUCUUAUGGUACAAAUUGUGACAAUUGCUAUAUAUAUAAACUUUUUUCGGGUAUGUUCUAUAUCUAAGUUGAAUUUUGCGAGCCGGUAUGCACCCGUAAAGGCAAAUCCGCAAUUAAAGUGGUAUUUCAUGGCGAUCGGAUUGAUUUGUGGUUAUCUUGUAUUGUAUUGGCUUGAGGCGAUUUUGGUAUCGAUGUUUGCCUUCUUUUUUCCUUUCUCAAUAAUUUUUUUACACUCUUCGUUACGGUUGCGGAAUAUUAAAAACAAAGUGGUUAACACAAUGGAAAGUUUAAACAUUAACACAUCAACGCCCAUGGGAAUAUUUCUUGACACUUUUAAUAUUAAAGCAGAAAGCUUCUUAAGUUAGAUUUUAAACCAUCUGUAUAAAUAUAUGUUGAACUAUAGUUAUUUAAUUUAAUAUA